AUCAACAUACACAAAAUCCAGAAGAAAUACCACCAGGAAAAAAAUUGAUCGAAGAACACAAUAAAACCAAACAACCACCACAAGGGGACGACCAGCCACCAAAGGUCGAAGAAAUAGCACCACGCAAACCCGUAGAGGAACCUCCGAUAGAAAAAGAAGACGUUGAUGAACCUGACGCAGGUGCUGCAGAACGUAAUUCAAUUGAGAGUCACCUGGAAGCAACACGCAACCAUGCAGAAAAACCUCUGGCAGGAAGCGAACACGUUGAUAAAGAAAAUGAUGAUCAAAAAGAAGAAAAGGAAAAGAAACGUGAAGAACAAGAAGACGCUCACGUACAACAACAAAACGGAAAACACGAGACACUGCAUGGCUUACUAAUAGAGGCAGGGGCAACGCAAGGUUCACUGGCAAAUUCACCUCUAGAAGAAUUGCAACAGAAGCAGACCAGUGCCGGUUCAACAAAGCAGCUAGAAGGAGAAGCUCCUUUAAUUAACGCGGAUGGUACAUCAAAUGGAAAUAACGACCUAUCAUUACCCUCCGUUUCUACACGUGCUGGAGUUGCUGGCGCUCAUGAGGCCGCCAAGGGAAACGCGGAGGUUCAAAACAAUGCUGAAUCCACUGAAACAGCAGUAAAUAAAAAAGAUGACCCAAAUGAGCAUCUCACAGAAAAUGACAAAGAAUUCACAAAGGAUAAAAACGCCAUUCGUACAAAUGCCACCGCAAAUACAGGCGACAGUGACGGCAGCACCGCGGCCUCCCACGCCACCUCCUUUCUUUUGCCUCUUCUUCUUCUUGUUGUUGCGUGUGCGGCUGCUGCUGCGGUGGUGGCUGCGUGA